UUGAUUUUUCUUUUUUCACAACAAACUAAAAGCAGAUGUGGUUUAAGUUUAAACGAGAACGCCUUCGCUGCUCAGUUUCUCAGUGUUGGUUGGUGGCUGCUGCAGCUUUUGUCAUCUACUUGUACGGUGAGUGCUUUGCGAUCCUCACUGUUCCAUCGGCGUCUACAGCCUUUCCCGAUUUGCUAUGAUUGGAGGCCGUGCUCUUUGUGCCAUCGGUUUGUCAACUCUUUAAAUUAGGAACUGCAUUAAAGAGGAAAAGUUAAGUACGCGUGGUCGUUUCAUGGAUUGCCUCCGUCUGAUUUCAAUGUAGGGUUGAUAAUGAUUAUUAUCAUCAGAAGUUGUGAAGACCUGCAAAUUGCAAUAACAGACUCGAAAAGAGGGAGUUGGGAGAAGCUGAUGGGUUGCUAUAUUGGACUAAAGUAACCCGGGUAGAUCUAUUCCACGUCUUGAAGUCGAAUAAAGGAAGUUGUAAGGACCUGCUGGACAUCUUGAUACUCCCAUGGAGCUUCAGGGCCAAUGGUGGAAAGGACAACUGGCUGCAGACAUAUACCAGGCUCUCCGCAGUAAAGAGCUAAAAUUGCCAUCUUACAAAGGCCAGUCUCCACAGCUUAACCUCAGGCGUUACUUUGCAGACUUGAUAGCCAUAGUAAGCAAUCGCUUCAGACUCUGCCCAGCAGCUAGGCAUCUUGCUGUCUACUUAUUGGACUUGUUUAUGGAUCGCUAUGACAUCUCUGUCCAACAGCUCCAUGUGGUGGCUCUCUCUUGCUUGCUUUUGGCUAGUAAAUUUGAAGAAAAGGAAGACCGUGUACCUAAACUUGAGCAACUUAACAGCUUGGGCUGUAUGACCAACAUGAACUUGGUAUUAACAAAACAAAGCCUUCUGCAUAUGGAACUGUUGCUGCUAGAGACCUUUCAUUGGAACUUGUAUUUACCCACCGCUGCUCACUUUAUUGACUACUAUCUAUCAAUUGCAGUUCAUGAAACUGAUCUACAUGAUGGGUGGCCAAUGGUUUGCCUGGAGAAAACAAAACUGUACAUGGCAAAGUAUGGAGAUUACUUUCUUGAAGUAUCAUUGCAAGAUCAUGUAUUUUUAAAUUACGCUCCAUCAUUAGUUGCUGCUGCUUGUGUAGGAUCUUCAAGGAUUAUCCUUCGCCUAUCACCAACUUGGCCAACUCGACUACACCGCCUUACUGGCUAUUCUUGGGAACUUUUAAUACCCUGUGUAGAGCGAUUGUUAAUUGCACAUGAUAAUGAUGUGAAAGAAGCAAACAAACAAAAAAUUCAACAUCCAAACUCCCAGACUGGCCAUACAGUGUUUCCUGCACAAACCCAAGUCAAUGCUGCACCACAGAUGCAUCAGACGGUCCCCCAGUACAUCUCUCGACAACCGCUCCAGUAUCAACAACAGAACUGCCAGCAGCUUUUGUCAGCAUACACAAUACAGCCCCAUACUACUGGUUUACAAGCCAGUAUUCAGCCUCAUGGACAUAUACAAGCUGUAACUGGCCUGACACUACCUGCUGCUUUGGAUGUUAAAGUCAAUGCGCCCUAUAACAGGGCCUACCAAGUUAAUGGACACUAUGCAUGUACUGCACCCUGUUUCGACAGGUGAUGCAUCUCUCUAAAAUACCUUGUGGAAAUACCUUUUAGAAAGUGUUUAUAAAACCUUUCUUAUGUUAACAUUUAAGUAAGAAGACUGAAAUUUGCAGGUUUGGACAGCAUUCUGUGAACUACAUGAAGAUGUGUCAAGUGUAAGCUUAACAAACCUAUGCUUUUUUUUAAAAAAAAAAAAAAAAAAAAAGAGAGAAAA